AUGCAAGUUCUAAAUUUUUUUUUGACAAUUCUCUCGAGUAUUUCAAUUACAUUUGCAGCUGAUAUCUCAGUAUCAUGUGAAACAGUUCCAUCUGCUAGUUUAGAGAGUACACCAUAUUCAGUUGCUACAAAAAAUGCGGUUGCAAAUGGUGAGUCUGUAGUUGCCAUUCUAAAUUAUUAUAGGUCGGUCACAUACGUUAGUAAUUGUGAUAAUACAACUCCUACCACGACUCCUGUUCCAACCGUUACCGAAAUUUUGUAUUAG